ACUGUCGUUUUUUCUGCUACUCAAGUCAAUUGCCUUAGCGUCCUCGUGCUUCUUGCCACGAAAUUUCCCUUCCCUUAAUUUCCAUUUGCGCGUCUCUUUUCUUAAUUUCUUGUCAAUUUUUUUAAGUACAAGAUAUUUGUUAAAUGUUACACCCGAUUAAAUUUAUUUAAGUAAUCUAGUGGCUAAAAAUUUUAUUAUAUGAGUUUAAACCCAAAUUCUACUGUAAUGUCUUUAUCAAUUUAGCUAAAUUGUCUGGCACAAUUUCGUGUUUACUUUUAUUAAUUAUUUAUAUAUAUUUUUUUUAAUGUGUUUCCAAUAUUCAUUAUUCAACCAUGCGAAUAUCCUUUAUAUACUUGUUUUUCCCACCCAUUUAGUCAAACAAACUCAUAAGAUGACUCCUAACUCGUAAUUUCCCUCUAUGCCACUAUUUAUUUAUUUAUUUAAUUAUUUUAUUUAUCUUGUCCAAUUUGUGUGACUCUUAUUUGAAAUGUAUUCCUCGUGUUCAAUUCUUAACCGAAUUUCCAAUUUGGACUUUGAUACUCUCUUUUUUCUAAACACUAAAUAGGUAUAUACAUACAUGCUCCUAACUUCUUAAUAUGUUUUUCCUCAACUAUGUUAUUACUUUUUUGUUCUCAACAACGUGUUAUUAUUGCUUUUAAUUAAUUUCAACCAAAUAUAAUAAUUGCUCCUUUUUUUGUUCUUCUUGUGGUUAAAGUUGUUGUAAAAUCACACUAUAUUAUACCAAUUUGUGCAGGAUUUGAUAUUGUUCAUUAGGAUAUAAAAUGGGAUCAGUUUGCUCAGCUGGUAAGGAAGAGAAAAAUAAAAAUAAUGAGAUUCAAGAAGUUUCUGUGGGGAAAUUUAACAAGUUAAAGAGCUUUGUUAACAGAAAUGGAAAUUGUUAUUCAAAUUCAAAGGUUAAUAGUGAUCGUGGUGAAAAUCAAAAGAAACAAAAAUCUGGAUUUUCCAGGGAAUUCAAACUAGUCAAUGAUACCACCAACCUCAAUGUAAAAGGGAGAAAACAGGUCUCCCAAAGAGGGUCCUUUCUAGGAAGAGCUGGUGAGAAGGCAGUGGAAGUUCUAGACACACUAGGAAGUAGCAUGCCCAAGAUAAGCACUAGUGAUGGUUUUAUCACUAGCAUGGCUCCUAGAAGAAAUAAAAUAUCUAUGUUGGCAUUUGAAGUAGCUAAUACAAUUACUAGAGGAUCAACUUUGUUUCAUUCACUGUCCGAAGAAAACAUUCAGUUACUUAAACAUGAGAUUUUACGAUCCGAAGGGGUACAAAAGCUGGUUUCUACUGAUACAAAGGAGUUGUUAAGUCUUAUUGGGGAUGACAAAAGGGAAGAAUUCAAUGUCUUCUCGCGAGAAGUAGCUAGAUUUGGUAAUACAUGUAAAGAUCCUCAGUGGCAUAACCUCGAUCGAUAUUUUUCACGAUUAGAUUUGGAUGCCUUGAGCAACAAACAACAUAGGAUAGAAGCAGAAAAGACAAUGCAGGACUUGUCCUAUCUAGCUCAGAAUACUGCUGAAUUAUACCAUGAAAUGAAUGCAUUGGACCGUUUUCAACAAGAUUAUAACCAAAAGGUUAAGGAGUUGGAGUUCUUAAACCUUCCUCUCAACGGGGAAGGUCUCGCAGCUUUUCAUAGUGAGAUUAAGCAUCAAAGAAAGCUUGUAAAGAGCUUACAAAGGAAAUCCCUUUGGUCAAAAAAUUUGGAGGAGAUCGUUGAAAAGCUUGUCGAUAUUGCCACACAUACACAUCAAGCAAUAUUGGAAUUCCUUGGAAAAAAUGAUACAAUCGCAGUAAAAAAUCAUAAGGGACCUCAAAGACUCGGCGAAGCUGGUCUUGCACUGCACUAUGCUAACAUUAUCAAUCAGAUAAAUGUUAUAGCAUCACGUCCAACCAUUCUUCCACCAAAUAUGAGAGACACAUUGUAUAAAGGUUUGCCCAAUAAUAUUAAGAAUUCCCUUCCUUCGCGGUUGCAAAACGAUGAUGUCACAAAAGAGCUCUCCAUUGCUGAAGUCAAAGCUGAAAUGGAUAUGAUUCUCCAGUGGCUUACUCCAUUUGCCACAAAUACGACCAAAGCACACCAAGGUUUUGGAUGGGUUGGUGAAUGGGCAAAUGCAAGUGCUAAUGAGUUUGGAGAAAAUACAACACCCAAAGAAAGCAACCUUAUUCGUCUUCAUACACUUCAUUACGUCGAAAAACAAAAGAUAGAUUUUCACAUCCUCGAACUAUUGGUUCGACUUCACCAUUUGGUUACCUAUGUAAGAUACAGACACAAUCCCACAAGACCAAUGCCUAGUACAAGAACUUCUUCUCCCAACAAAGGACUUCAUUUUCAAUCAAAGAUGUUACAAUUCAUAUCCGUGUCUCAAUUAUCUGAAGAGGAUAGGAGGUUGUUGGAAGAGGUAACUACAAGGAGAUGGAUUCCAGGUAUAAGCAAAAGUGAGAAUCUUGCUGGGGCCAAGAAAACAGAAAACAUGGCGUGGCAUUUUAGUAACAGUGUUGGGAAUUCACCAUCUAAGUGGUUCUUUACUACAAAAUUGAGCUUGGAUGUUAUGGAUGGCCUAUAAGAUGCUUCCAAUUUUGGUUUUGUUUGAUAAAUACUAAGUCAUAUUUUUUUAUUAAAAGAAAUCAUCUUUUUGAAUUUAAGCCAAGGCCUUGUAGUUUGCUUUUAAACUUAUAGGUUGCUUUUGUAUAGGAAGGAAAGCAAUAUAUAUUAUAGAAGAAUAUUUUUUGGUA